AUGUUCAGCUUCUCUGGAUUGACGGCCUCCCCCAAGUCGGCUGCCGCGGGUCUCUGGGGCUUCGCCUCCACCCUGACCGAGACCGUGAAGCAGACCACAGCGGACCUGGCGGCCUCCAUCCACGACACCGACUGGGCGUCCGAGCUGGCGUCCCUCAAGCAGGGCCUGGGCGACGAGAGCGCCGCGCUGGCGCACAGCGCCAAGGCCGCCGCCGAGCGCCUGCCGGUCCUCGCCGAGCACCUGCCAGAGAAGGUGGGCAGCCUGCACACGGAUGAGCUCGGCACGCGCCCUGCAGCCGCCUGCCGUCGGGGCGUGGCCGGCACCGCCCUCCAGUCGCGCAAGCGCGGCGCCGCCGGGCAGCUCAGCGGCACGCUGAGCUCGCUGCGCGAGGAAGUGCACAUGGGCCUGCGCGAGGGCAUCAGCGCCGUGCUGGGCGGCGGGGUCUCCGACACCGCCGCCGCAGCGCCCGCGACGGGGAGCGGCGGUGCCAGAGCCGGGGCCCACAGUGCCGCGGUGGCUCCGGCGGCCCUGCUGGAGGACCCCUCCGGCAGCCCCCAGUUCCAGGCCUGGCUGGGCGAGGGGCGCAUGGAGGCCCGGCGCUCCGCCGCGCAGGCCUCCGACCCGGGGCUGGCCGGCCUGCUGGCGAGCCUCGUCCCCGGCCGCCUGUCGGAGGAGGCGUUCUGGCAGCGGUACCUGUACGCGCGGUACUGCACGGAGGAACGGCGCCGGGCGCUGCGGGAGCUGACGCAGCGCUCGCGACGCGUGGAGGAGGUGGACUGGGACUGCGAGGACGAGGAGGAGGAGGAGGACGAGGCGGUGGCGGUGGCGGGCGGCCCCGGUGAGGUCGGGGCUCCGGCAGCAGGGGCGGGGCCGGCGAGCCCAGGGGCGGCGGGGAAGGGACUGGCGCAGGGAAGAGCACCAGGGGCAGGGGACGAGGUCCGGGCGGCAGCACUCGGUCGGAAGUCUGUCGCGGAGAGCCUGGGUGCCGGGGAACCAGUCGCGGCGCUGGCAGUGCCCUGCGCAUCAGGAGCAGCGGCCGAAGGCAGCUCGGUGGCGCAUGGCGUGCCGAGCCGGGACCAGCCGGCAGCCGGUGGGUCGGCCUGCCCCGGCGAGGAAGUCGGCAGCGUGGCGCAGGCGCGGGUCCUGCUGGCCAAGCCGGGCGCGGUGAGCGCCGCUGCCUCCGCCAGCGCCGGCCCGGGCGAGGGCCCCGCAGGUCGCAGCGCCGAGGGGGAACCGGAGUCCGAGGAAGUUGCAGCCCCCACGGCAGCGGUCACGGCUUGCGGAGGAGGACCCAGCUCGCCGGACGGAGCCGACACAGCGCCUGACCCCGCCGGCCGGGAGCAAGCCCUCGCAGACGCCCUGCUAGCCUCGCCCGGCCCGCUGCCCGCCAGCCCCGGCAGCAGCGGGCGGGCCGUCGAGGACGCGGCCAGCACCGCCUCCCGCCACGGCCCCAGCACCUCGUGGUCGGUGAUCAGCGAGGGCCCGUCGGGGGAGUCAACGCCCAUGGCCCCCCCCCUGGCGCCCGCGGUGGGGAAGGCCUCCAAGGCGGCCAGCGACGACGACUGGGGCGACGACUGGGAGUGA